AUGUUAAUUUGGUUGAGAAAAUAAAAAAAAUCAGCUUAUGAAAUUUACGAAGAUUAUAAUGACUCUAUUUAUAUCGAUUGUUAGAAUGAAUUAAUCAUCUCACAAUUCUGGCCUCUGCUUGUGACAAUAAUGAAAAUCUAUUUGUUUUAUAGUGCUGUGUUGAUUAUUAUAAGUAAUAUUGAAGGUUUUGAAUCCUAUAAUAGUUAGACUAUUACACUUUAUACAUAUUUAUUAAUUUUGCUUCCUUUAGCUAUGAUAAUAUAUGAUAGAUGGAUAAUUUAAAAAUUAUCCAAAAAAAAGAAAGUAGUGCUUACACAAAUAAUCUUUGUUACAUUGGAAACAUUAUUGUAGCUUUAUUUGACUCAAUUAUUAAUGGAAUACGAAAGUUUGCAGAGAUUAAUUGGGAUCCUUUUAAUAUUUACAAUAAUGUUAAUUACGAUGGCAACAAUGAACAAUUUCAAAUUAAGAUUAAUCAUUCUAAUUAAAUUUUUUGUUUACUUAGGCUACAAAACAGAAUUCACUAUUUUUUCAUGUUUGUUCACUUACCAUAUCGUUUUUUUAAAUUUGCUGCUAGUCUAUUUUUGGGAUCAACAAAUAAUUAGAUUGAGUAAGAUAAAACAUUUUGCAGAGUAAUCUUUGAGAAGUAUACCAACAGCAGUUUGUAUAUUAAAUUCUGAUUGCCAGCAAGUCUUAUUUUCAAAUAGAUAUAUGAAGAAGUUAAUAGAAAAAUCUCAUACAAAAACAAGAACCUUUAUGACAAAAUCUGUGAAAUAAGACUAUAUAUUUGAGACUCAACCAUCAAUUAUGAAUAAUUAUGAAGAGAUAUUUCUUUUUUUUUCAUAAAUGUUUGCAAAUAUUGAUGAAGUUAAGAAUUAAUUACCACCAGAUUCUAGCAAGUUUAACCUUGACAAUUUGGAUGAUGAAUAACUAAAUUUAAACCAAAUUAUUCAAUAUAUCAUUAAGACUGAUAAAAAAACUCAAGGAAAAAUUUAUACCUUAAGAUGUUAAUUUAUCGAUCGUCCUGAAUAGGCUUAUGAUGAAUCUUAAAAAGUUGUUAUUGAAGUUAAGAUGAAAACUUUGUUAUAAUAUGAAGAUAAUAAACAUGCAACUUUAAUUAAUCUUUAUGAUAUAUCAACUAAUUUAAAGUCUAUUUAUUAUAAAAACUUGAAUUAAUUCAAAAGUAAAGUAAUUAGAUCAAUAUCUCACGAAUUAAGAACUAGAUUAAAUGCUAUUUAAGGGAUGAUCUAGAUGGUUCAAAAUUACAAUUAAAAAUUUGACAGAGAAGUAUAAAAAUACUUAAAGGCAGCUUUUAACAAUUGCAGAAUAUAAAAUUUUAUAAUUGGUUCAAUAAUAGAUUAUAAUCUGUUAAGGGAAAGAUAAUUGCCUGUCAAAUUAGACAAAGUGAGAAUUAAUGUUUUAAUUUAGGAAGUUAUAGAUUUAUUCAAAGAUGAAGCAGAACUAAAGAAUAUAAAAAUCAAAUAUGAGGAUAAGAUAUAAACAAAUAAUUAUGAAUUGUUGGAUUCUGAGAAAUUUUAAAGCAUAUUGAUUCACAUAAUAUCGAAUAGCAUAAGAUUUAGUAAAUCUGAUGGACUAAUAACAAUUAGAUUGUUAAAAGAUUAAAGUAACAACAAUAAUAAUAAUAAUUACCAAACAAAUAGUUAUAUUUAAAUACCAGAUAAUAAAGUAUAAAUCAAUAGGCAUUCAAAAUUAUAAAUUCCACAUUCUUAAUCUCCUUAAUAACAGAGAAUGAGCGGAAGUGAAAUUUGUCAUGAUUCCUCUAAUAAUAAUAAAUAACGUCGAACCUAUAGCAAAUACAAGAUGGCCAGUUAAUUUUCAUCAAUAGGAAAUUUGUCUACAAACUUAGCCGAUGUAUAUAUGAUUGAGGUGAAAGACAAUGGUUUAGGGAUGGCAAGUGAAAGAUUAGAUUAUAUUCGAUCUUUAUUAAAUGGGGAAGACUUUUAAAGUGAAAGAAAUUCAAAUGAUGCAUCUUCUGGGAUAAUGUUAGGUUUAAGAGCAUCAAAUUAAUUAAUAAAAAAUGUUUCAGGGAAAGAUGACAAUGUAAAUUACAUUUCUAUCGAUUCAGAUAUUGAUAAGGGAACAAUAGUUUAAAUGCAUAUAAAAAUAAGAUUAAUAUCAGGCGAAAAUUUCUCAAGUGAUUUGAUACUCAAAGAAUCAAGUGUAGAAAAUGAAGGGAUUGUUCAUUAAUAUCACAAUUUCAAUUAAAAACUGAGUCCUUGGUCAACAGUCACUUAAAUACACACAAAGAAUUUGUGCUAAUGUGAAAACACUUUUAUGAUAGUUGAUGAUGAACCUUAUAAUUUAGUAGUUUUGGAAUCAUUGCUAAAGAAAUUACAACACUCUGUAGUAAAAGCAGAAAAUGGUAAACAUUGUAUCCAAUUAUUAGAAAAAAUGCUUGAAUAAUUUUAAGAACAUAAAUGUAAAGGGUAUAAAGGUAUAAUCAUGGAUUAUUAAAUGCCAAUUAUGAACGGUGAAGAAGCUACAAAAUAUAUCACAUAAAUUUGUAAAGAUAAAAACAUUCCCCCAAUUCCAAUAUUCGGACUUACUGGAUUCUCAGGUGAAGAUGAAAUAAAUAGAUUAUUGGAAUCAGGAAUGAGAGAAGUAUACAUUAAGCCAAUAACAAUAAGAACUCUUGAAGAUCUCAUUAGUAAUAUAAGUCGAAGUGAAUAUCGGUCUUUAGAUUAUGUUUCAAAUAUAUCUUAGUAAUUUCAAUUCAUAGAUAUUGAAUAUGCAGAAGAGGAUAAAUUAGUUUUAGAUUAAUCAGCUCAUUGA